AUGUCCGAACCUAUGCCCAUCCCUGGUCGAUCGCCGACUCACGCGAUUGCGAACGAUGAACACGGCCUCUCGUCGCCAUCUCUCGCAGCCUCGUCGCUGACCAAGGACAAAAACGGCUCGACACCGCUGGCCACCAACCCGUGGACGUCGUCCCGUGCCAUCUCCCCUGACAAGAUAACUGGAAUCAGUUACGCGGAGAUGCUCAAAAACGGGACUGCUGUUCGCCGUGAACCGCCUACCUCACCACCGUCUGUAUCCCUGCCCUCCUCGCGCGAGCCUUCCCCCGGCGCGUCGACAUACCUCGUCCAUGACACCACCGGGAACCCGCCCGCCGACGACUUCGCGAUCAGUGCGAACGUUACGCUCGUUGAAGACGCCCCUCCGCUGAGUGAGUCUCCUCCUCCGAGCCCCAAGUCCAUCGCCCGUCGCCGCCGCGCCAAGGGGAAGGGUCGUGCGCGUACGCGUCCUCGUCGUCGCUCGCCGUCGCCGGACGUUCUGCCCGACCUGCUUCCGGUCGAAGACUGGGACGCGGAGGACGAUGACGUCGAUGACGAGCCUGUCCCCCUCCGCGCGUUGUUAGCGAUACCCGCAAACAACGCGCCACGCUCCCGGGCUUUCGUCACCGACGAAGAGCUAGAGGACAUAAUCAUGAGCGACGACCGUGUUGACGACCGAAGGAGCGACAACGAGAGGACGACGUCGGUGCCCCAGGCAAGCGACCUUGCCACUCCUGCGUAUUCACACACUCACCCUCCUCGUACUCCCUACCCGUCACCGGCAAUGACUUCCCAGCGUGACCUCCCGGCCAUGGCGGGCGUGUUCGACGCGCACCUCCGCGCCGGCGGGAGUGUUGCCGCGUCUCGCGGGUCGUCCGUGCCGCCGUGGGCAUCGAGUCCGAUACCUAUCCCUCGCUCGCGCUCACCGCCGCCGCCUUACGGUCAGCAACCUUUCCAUCCCGCGGCACCGCCCGCCUCUGCUCCUAUCCAUCACGGCCCGCCUGUGGUAGGUCAUCCCCAGGCUGCUCCUCCUCUUGCACCUGCUGUGAUGGGCAAUCGUCCUCCACGUCGUUUCCCCCCGAUGACGAUGUUGACGAGGCCGCCGUACGGCGGAUGGCGACGCGUGGAAGGGAACGACUCUUACUGGCGUGUUCGGGGAAUGAACGCGGAUCAGAUCGAGGCGUGGAUGGAGGAUGAGAGCCCCGCGGCUCUCGUGCAGAUCCCCGAGCUCGGCGCAACGGACCCUGGGGUGUGGGAUCGUCUGAUCGCGAUCAGGACUGCCUUGCAACGAUACUGUGGGGUCGAGAACGCAUCUGUGACCGCUCCGCUCCCCGGGCCCGGCCCGAACCGUCCUAACUCCGAACCUUUUUUCUACAUCAUCCGCGAUAUCACACAGGCGCAGGCUGACGAACUCGUAGCGCGCCGCUGGGUCUCCGCCCCCGAGAUCACGAUGGGAUUCGAGCCGUGGCGUUUCGACGCCCCCUUCUUUUUGGGCGCGUGGCGGCACAUCGAACGUUUCCCUGACACAACGGAGGAGGGUAUGGCCCGUGUUGUUCGGGAUGCUCUCAGAGUAGAAGAUGUCGCCGACGCAAUCCGCGGCCUCAUCGCCCAGGACAUCCAUACUCUGUUCACGUUCGCCACCUCCCAUGGCGACGCAACCCGCGCACGGCAGAACCACUCGCUUUAA